AUGAAGCGGUCCUAUUCUCCCAUUGGAAAUGAAGAGUACACAAUCGGGUGGGUUUCCGCGCUCCCCAAGGAGAUGGCCGCGGCUACAUACAUGCUCGAUGAGUACCAUGACGAACCCCAAUGGCGAAGCCCGGGAGAUUGUGCGGCAUACAACCUCGGCCGUAUGGGCGCACACAAUGUGGUCAUUGUAUGUCUCCGGAAAGGCAUCUACGGUCCCUCGUCGGCCAAGCAGGCUGCUGGACAUAUGGCUCGAACGUUCCGCAAUCUGCGGUAUAUCCUGAUGGUCGGCAUAGGCGGUGGAACACCUAGUGACGAUAACGAUAUUCGGCUUGGAGAUGUGGUCGUGAGCGUCCCGAGCUACGGGCAUGGUGGAGUUAUGCACUACGAUCUGGAACCGGAGCUGAGAGUGCGUGCAUUCGACCACCAGCCCCCAGAGGUUCUGCUUGAUGCGGUGUGUGCCCUCGGCCUGCGCGCAGAAGAGCAUAGGCCCCAGAUCCUCCAGCAUGUCGAGGACAUGGUGACUAAAUAUCCCAGGCUUCGACGGCAUGGGUUCGCAUAUGACUCCACGAGAAUUGACCGGCUGCACGAUACCGAAGAUCGCCACAUCAAACGACCAAAUCGGCAAGACGAGGGCCCUGUCGUCCAUUACGGGCUUGUGGCGUCUGGUUCGCAGCUGGUCAAGGACGCAGCUAUUAGAGGGCAACUCGCAAAACGCGGUAUCAAGUGCGUUGAGAUGGAAGCGGCGGGCCUGGUCGAUGACUAUCCCUGUCUUGUUAUCCGCGGAAUUUGCGACUAUGCGGAUAAAUACAAGAACGAUGACUGGCAAGAGUAUGCCGCAGCAACGGCAGCUGGAUAUGCCAAGGAGCUGCUCAGGGUUAAUUCAUUACUAGCAGAGGAGGACUCGCAACUAAUGGAGCUGAGUACUGUGGCCAGCGAGGAGAUAUUGCGCGACGCAGUAUAUAUCUGUGUCUCCUUCAGCAUCUUGAUUACCUCGCUUAUUUAUAUGCGGAAGACUUGA